AAGAUAGUGUUAAUUCCCAAGGAAGGAAAAAAAAAAAAAAGUAUGGAAGGAAGAGGCAUGGUCGUGGUGUAUAUUUUCUUGGUGCUAUGUUUUUCCGGCGACGGCAUUAUCUCGCCGGUGCAAUGUGGAUACCACUCGAGAGGCGGUCACCGCAAACCCGUGAAGGAAAAGAUCACUCAGUUCCACUUCUUCGUCCACGACACUCUCGACGGCGCCAACCCCAGCGCGGUGGAGAUAGCUCGCCCCAACGCCACCGGCGGCGGCGACAAGUCCAAUCCGACGCCGUUCGGUCACCUGUACGCCUUCAACGAUAUCCUCACCGAAGGCCCGGAGGCCACCUCCAAGGUCAUCGGAAACGCCCAGGGCGCGUACCUGUCCUCCGGCCGCGACACGCCCACGCUGAUGAUGUACGCCGACUUUGGGUUCACCACCGGCAAGUUUAACGGCAGCUCCUUUAGCGUGUUCUCCCGGAAUCCGAUUACGGAGAAUAUCCGGGAGCUGGCGGUGGUCGGCGGGAGGGGGAAGCUGAGGCUGGCUAGAGGGUUUGCUGAGGGACCAAAACCGAUCCUACUUUCGAACCGCCAGUCACAAGUGGGGAUGCCAGCGACUGAGUACUUCGUACCAUUCUUCGACACAUAACUGGAGAAUUAAUUAAUAUUUGGUGGCUUGGGUCCGUCUGUUUUUUUUUCAUUAGGAUGUUUGAUUUUGUCGCCAAAAAGCAGUUGGAGAUAAACUCGACAUUAUUUCUGUCUUUUUUUUAAUAAUGGUGAAAAUUAAAGAGAUGAAAAUAAUUUAUGCUUGUGAUUUUUAAUACUGGAUUCCUUAAUGACAACCUUACUAUUUGUAUUGUCUUUUCUUGAA